AUGCGCACGCAGGCACCGCUGAUCCUUGCACGACCGGAGGAUUUCCUGCCAACAUCGUCGUGGAAGCCUGACCAGCACGUUUACGUGCGAGUGCUCCGGACCCGGCCCGACCAUGCUGUCGCGACUCCUCGCGCCACGGCCAAGCGGUGUGCGGGGUUGUUCGCGGCACUUACGUCUAUGGUCAAGACCUAUCAAGGCAAGUCGGUCAACAAUUCAGCAAUCAAAACGGCGGACACAACACGAGCGGCGCUUCGAGACUUCAACGUCACUGUGCUCGACCGAGUUCUCGGCACCUAUGGGAGUGAUGGCUCCAGAGAUGUUGCUGCCAUUUUGAACGGACAUGCGGUGGACUACGCGUACUACGUCGAUGGCAACAGGCCUCUGUCGCUCAAGAUGCCAAUGCGCAAGAUCCCGGGGAUCAACUUCCAACACGUCGAUCCGUACCUCGCUCCGACGAUCGAACCCGAACUCGAACUCGACCUCGACCUCGCACUCGAACUCGACCUCGACCUCGCACUCGAACUCGUGACUCGUCACUCCUCUUCGAUCCCAUCGCUUCUCCCACUGAGAAUUCAGCGCUCACUGCGCUACUCUCAGAGCUCGAGGGAGACGAUGCAGUCGUGGAUGACGCUGUCGAAAACGUUCUCGAACGCCCCACGCCCCCGCCAUCAGUACCUGGAUCGAAACAAGCGGCCAGCCGAGAGCGCCGACAUCAACUCUCGCCCAACCCAACGCCGUGCGCCAGGAGUCGAGCCGGCCAUGCCAUCGGCCAUUGACGCUCUGGAGAGAUCUCAAGCAGGGACAAACUUUCGACCUACAAGCUUGCAACAAGCCGUACGUGGGCUCAUCGUCCAUCCCGACUAUGCCGGUAUAACACCCCACCCAGCUAUCCUGAUGAAGCUUUUCGAUUUCGCGUUUGGCAUUCGUGGUCUCUCUUUGGCUCACCUGGAGCGGUGCGACCUGACUGCGCAGCGCAAGUGGCGUCGACAAGGUGCCAACAUGAACAAUUUUGCGGCCAGUGUCGAUCUACCUCGCUCUCGCUGUCUGACGACGAUGGCGGAGCUGUUCGAAGCGUUCUUGCUCCUUCAGGCCUUCGCGCUGAAGUUCUACAACGCUGCGACUCAGGAAUUUAUUACCGCUGCCAUGAGUUUUGCAGCAACCAUCACGGGUAUGGGCCUGUGGAAUGCGUCGGCGGUGGAUCUCAUCACGUUUUGGUUUGAUGGUGUCCUCGAUGAAUAUCGUCGGGCAGUCGAAGACCUGGCGGUGUCGGGUGUUGAUAACCGGGGACGCGUUCGACAGCGAUUCGCCAAGAACGACCCUGAUUUCAUCAACACUAUUCAUCUCGUCCACACGGAAGCAAAUGCAACUACACUUAAAGAAGCACCGUACUUUCGAGAGGGUAUCGCCAUCGCGAAGUCCUCCUUGACACUGUUCGACAUGGCGUUCGUCACCGUUUUCGUCAAUGUCUCGAUGAUUUCUUCUCUGAGGUUCCAGAAAAUCACAAGUCUGCUCGCGAUGCGGUCAAUGCACUUUGGCGGAGCAUUCGUGACGGCCAGGAUGCUGGGACCCGGUCUUGACCCUCAAUUCGAAGCCCGACUCAUCCACGACCUAUCUCAUCCAAAGGGGAGAUCGACGAACGCAGCAUCGGACCGCUCGCAACUCCCGACUAUACUCUACGUCCACGUUCGAGCCAUCGCCCGUCGAAUUGAAUAUCUACGCAAGCGCUACCCAAACCGGCGGAUCAUGAUGGUAAAGGGCGACGUGAAGAGUGCUUUUCGACAGAUAAUGCUGGCCGCAGAAAUUGUUCGGUGGUUCUGUGGCAAAAUUCCCGAGGAUAACGCGGCUGUGAUCGAUACAGCGCUUCCGUUUGGCUGGACAGGAUCGCCCGGCCAUUACGGAGUUUUUGAAGGCGCCAUUUCGCAUCGCUUGGGGUUAGAAAGCCCUGGUAGCCUUGAUCCUCGGUCGUCGGACAAGGAAACCUUCUUUGCUUAUGAAUGGGUUGAUGAUCACAUUUGCGUCGAGCCCGACAUCGAUAAUCGUCUCGAGCUCUCCGAGGCAGCUCUCCGUCUGGCGAUGAUGGCGUUUCUCGGUCCGAGAUCAAUUAACGAUUCGAAGUUCUCGCGUUGGGAGCAGCAGCUAACAACUCUUGGGCUCGAGUGGAGUACGUAG